UCGCGUGGCCCAGUUGUGUUGCGCCGAUUCACCUCGGCUGCGCAUCGAGUCGCAUCUGCUUCCGCGCCCACUGCACCUCCAGUCAGUCCUCCGCCGCCUCUUUCGCGGAUUCGAAUUCCGCGUCAGCAUUGGCACACGCACAAACACCCCUCCUGCCUCCCGCGUCCCAAUUGCGCAAGACCGCGCCUCCGUCCACUUUGUCGCACCACCGCCCACCGCUGAGCUACUCCAUCCUCAGUCCGGCAUCCAUCUCUCAAGCGCUCGGCCGACUAUGUCGUCCUUAUUUUCAAGCCUGGGUACCACGAUAUCCAAGGCACUCUCCCCUAAGAAACCCAAGCCAGAAGAGCCCUCUGACAAGAUGGUUCCCAGCUCAGAUUCUGAACGGCGCGGCCAGAAACGCAAGUCAGACAUUUAUGAUGUCACAGACGACAUAGAAGACGAGCGCGCAGCCAGCACUCCCAAGAGCGGCAGGGCGCCCCGAUCAAUUCGUCCAGGAUCCGUGACAGCCAGCGGUAGCAAGAUUAAGCGUCGCUACCGCCUAAGCGCAGCCCAGAAUGACAUUUCACGAGACGUCGAUCCUCGCGUAGAUGCGCCCGCAAACCUCGAGCGCGCGUUCGCUCCUGAUGCCGUGCGCCUGCAACAACCAGACCUGCACGAUCAUGGCUCGGUCAUUGCUGCUGUCCCGGUAGCCGACAUGGGCGGAACCGCCGAUCUCUUUAGCCCGCCGAUAAACGAAAAGACCGAAGUGCCCAGCUCGAGCCCCGUGAACUCACAUCUCCCACCGAAAGAGGCAGGACCUAAGUCACCAGCAGCUCCCGAGGCGGCGCAAGAAAGUGUCAAGGCGGAAGCCGGAGGAGAGGCGGAAAUUACAGAGGUGCAGGCGCUCCUUGACCACAAGAUGCUAGAAGAUGACAGCGUAGACUUGCUGGUUCACUGGGCGGGCGAGCGCGCAGAGGAGUCCACCUGGGAGCCAGAGCAGGAGAUCCAGGACGGUGCGAGUGAGCUGCUUUACAGCUACUGGAAGAAGGCUGGAGGCCGGACGGAGACCCUCUUCCAGACCAUGACCGAGGUAUAUCACGUCUUCCGCAUUCUCAACCGCGAAAAGAAGCCCCGCGGCGGCUUCGUGCUCGAGGUCCAGUGGGUCGGCUAUCCCGCCACAAAGGGCAACACGAGCUGGGAGGGCGAAGCCAAGCUCGAGCAGAUCGCGCCCGACUUGUUGAAGGAGUACUGGGAUAGUGUUGGUGGCCGCCAAAAGUUCCUCGCUAAACGGGGGCGAACCAAGAAGAAUUGAUGAGGGAAAUUUAUGACAACAAACCAGCGACGUAUGGUAGAUACGAUGUGGUGAACAAGAGGACGACGCAGACUUGGCCCCAGCAACAUCUCGGGUCACCUGCUCGGAACGUUCAGCGGGGUCAGGCAGUCAGAAGAACCUAUGCAGGUCCAGUCUUGAAGUGCGCACCCUGCAAGAGGGCGAAUCUGAGCCGACGUCCC